GUUUUUUUGCAUGCAUUGGUAGUGUGUUCUUAUUGCAAAUUUUAAGAGGAUUAUGGGUUUGUUUCUAAUAACAUGUUGCGUUCUUAGAUGUAAAUAUAUAUACAUAUAUAUAGCAUGGUCACUUGACAUGUGAGAUGGCAAAUAUAGUUGAGGCAGAGCACCCCUACUCUUAUCAUGAUGAUGAUGGGUCAGAAGUUUCAUUUAAAGUUGGUGAUAGAUUUAUUUUGUUAGCAAAAUCCAGCGAAGACUGGUGGAAAGUUCAACGUACAGGUGUCUUCAAUGGCAAGAGUGUUUGCUACGUUCCAGCCAGUUACAUGAAAGAAAUUAAUGUGAAUCCCAGGGGUGAACGAAAUUACGGGAAUCAAUAUGUCAAUUUGGAUGUCUAUCGAAAGAUAAUUAAUAAAGACUUUGAUGGUCUUGCUAAGUUGGGAAAUCAAACAAUGGUUGUCAGCAAGCAAAUCUCAGUCAAUGAUGCAAUUAACAAAGAAUAUGAAGAAGAGGAGCAAAGUAUUUCGAUUGAAGAUGAUGAAGAUGAUGAUGCUUUUGCAAACAGCCUAGAUGACAUACCAGAAGAUAUACGAAGUUUGAAUUUGAAUGACUCAAGUGAUGUAAGCUUUGAGUUAUCCCCUGCUACUCCAACUUCUCCCCUCUCUUUUGAAAUAUCUCCACGCCCAGCUCGAAUGAAAUCAUUCACAUUGCCAAAAGGAUGGAAAAAAUGCAAUGACGACAAUGGUCGUUCUUUUUAUUUUAAUGAAGAGAAAAAAGAAUCGAUGUGGAAACCCCCAAGAGCUUCACUUAAAGAAAGCAAAUCACCUGGAACUGAAAAGUCCUCUGAGCUUGCUUCAACUUUUACAUACUUGGAUUCUUCCAGUGAUGUUAGUGUUCCUAAUGGUUGGCUGGUUGAAAUAGAAAAAAAUACAAAUGAAGCAAUAUUUGUAAACUCAAUUACAAAGGAGAGGUGGAAAUCAUGCACAGAUAAAAAUGGAAGGGCAUAUUUCUAUAACUUGAAUGGACCAGGGACAGUUUGGGAACUACCAGAGGUUGACAACACAGGAAAAAAAUCUGCACGAAGAAAAUCCUUUGAUGAGUCUCUUGAGUCUAUGAUACGUAGAAGAACUAUAAGCAAUAACUCACCAUCACAUCGAAAUUCAAAAUGCCAAUCUGUUGUCCUGCGAUCAUCUUCGAGUUUGUCUUCAGAAGAAGGGAGCAGACACAGCCCAGUCGUUUCACCUCGGAUGAAAGAUAAACAUAAUGGAAACCACAAACGCUCUGAUUCCAAUCAGUCUUUUGAGAUUAUUGAAAUGACCCCUGAGUUGGAUUCGCUGAAUGUCAACAGACCAGAAAAAGAAGGGCUGUUGUAUCAGAGGAAAGUAAUGGAGGGGGGCCGUCAUGUAAAGAAGGCAGUCUGGCAACAAGUCUACUGUUGCAAGUAUGGAUCCAGCCUGGUGUUUUACAAAGACCAAAAAAUGGCUUGUGCUAAACCUGGUUAUCCCACUGGUAAACCAGAAUCAAGCUUAAACCUUCUGGGUUCUGUACUUGACCAUGUUUCGAAAGACAAAGCAAAAGGAAAAAAGAACGUGUUUCAGAUUUCGUCAUAUGGUGGGCAAACAGUGCAGCAAUUCGUUGCAGAAAGUCAAGUUGACAUGGGCGAGUGGUUGACAUUGGUGCUCACCACUAUAAAACGAUUGGAAGAAGAAGAACCACUUCCGCCUCCACCGCCUAUGAUAGACGUUACCGACAAUGGGUAUCUUGAUAAUAAAGCACCGCCAAAGGUCUCCUAUUCUCCACCUACAGAUUUACCAUUGCUUUCACCAAUAUCUGCUGGGGGCCGACCGACAACGCCGACGUUGCCGAAGAAACUACAGCAAUCUGAUAAGGAAAAAGCCAGCUUCAGAGGAUUUAAGAGAACAUUUUCAAAGAAAGUUUUAACGUCGAACAACAACGAAGAAGAAAAAGAAAAGAAGAAGAUCAAGGACAAACUUAAAAAGUAUUUGGUACGCAGACCAACCUACUCAGACUUGGAGAAAAAUGGAAUAAUAAAAGAUUAUGUGUUUGGAGAAUCUAUUACUAAACUAUGUGAACAUGAAGAUACACUCGUACCACAGUUUGUUAUUCAAAUUAUCAGUGAAGUUGAACGAAGAGGACUGGAAACAGAUGGUUUGUACAGAGUAUCUGGAAAUCUUUCUUCCAUUCAAAAACUUCGAGUAAUGGUUGACCAUGGCGAGCAUGUCGAUUUCAAGCAACCGGAGUGGAAUGACAUUCACAUCCUAACUGGUUCAUUAAAAUUGUACUUCCGGGAGUUACCUGAACCUCUUUUUCCGUUUGCAUUGUUUGAUCGUUUCAUAAAUGCUAUGAAAAGUCCUUUCAAAGCCGAGAAGCUGAAACUCAUAAAAGCAUUAAUAAACGAAAUGCCAAGAGAGAAUCGAGAAACUUUAGAAGUUCUUAUCUACCAUUUGGACAAAGUUAUCCGAAACAGCGACAAAAACCGCAUGCACGCUCAGAACUUAGCCAUUGUGUUUGGUCCAACACUGAUGUGGCCUGAACAUGAAUCUUUAAAUAUGACGAUGGCCACUGUAUAUCAAAACCAAGUGGUUGAAUUUAUACUGACUGAAUGUCGCCAGCUUUUUACAGGGCAUGUGUAGGGAAUUUUAAUUGUGGAGUUGCGACACCCAUACAUACCUUACAAGAAAGUCUAUUAUGACUUCAAAUUUAGCCAUGUUUGUUCCAAAAGCUGACGUCUUAGCAUCUUAGCAUCCUAUCAUUCUGACGGGUCUUUGUCACGGGCAGUUACCGCUUAACGACAGGUUUAUGCGUUACAACCAGUAUUAAACCGACAUUUGGACAGGGUCAGUUGAGUGAAGAAACUAGAUCAUACACUCUUUAGAUGAGCAGCUGAGAAGAUCCCUUCAAGCGGAAUGGUAAGAAAGGAGAAGGAAAUUGGAAAUAUGUAUAUAUAUGAGCUUUCGUACGAACAUCCUUUUUUUAUCCAGAAUGAGUACCGUCUGAUUAAUAGUAAGUUGGUCGGCAAUCCUUCCGUCGCCUGGUGUGGAGUUUAUCAUAAUUCAAUUAUCUUUUUGUGUAUAUUGAUUUAAAUUAAUUGUUUUUAUCGCUGUUUUUGUAUAUUGUCGAAGGCGAAAAUACUUUGGUAAAACUGUCGUUCCAAUAAUGUUUCUUUUUUCUGUGCUGUGAAAUAAAACAGAGUGGAAAUUAACUUGACGUAUAUAUUUUAUAGCAUCUUCAACGUUGUUGGCCCUACCUAAACUUUUCUAAAUAGAAGUAAUUUAUAAUUUAUUUUUUUCGUGUUUUAGAAUUGUCUUUCGUGUUAGUUUCGCUUCGUUUUCGGAUUCUUUCUCUAUAAAAAGUUUGCAGUUGUUUCAACCUCGUACCCAGGACAGUACAAUGUGAUUCAGACAUUUAUUUUCUCAGCCUUUUACUCCGUUGGGAUUUUAUGCUAAGAAAAAGGCGCGUGACCCUCUGAAGAUGUUAAAAUGCCUAAGUCCGAGGUUGUAAUAAUAAUUUUUUAUUAUUUGCACGUGUUAGAUAUUUUUUCUAGUUUCAUGUAAUUUAAAUCGUGUUAUUGUUUCUUGAUUAGUAAUUUUUGUUCGGUCGUGUUUGCGGUCCAGUUUUCCACGCGCGUCUCUCGUAUAGAAACCACGGUGUUUUCAUGGAUUGUUUGUGUGUAAAUUUUUGGAAAUGUCAUGUUUUAUAUAUAUAUAUAUAUAAAGAUAAAUAUUGCAAAUAACAAAUA